GCUAUUAUUAAUUAUACUAAAUUCGAACCUAGCGAUUUUAUUACUAUUUUCGGGGCGGGUCCCGUUAGGCUAUUAUUUAUUUACUUAGCUAUUUUAUAUAGAGCGUUUAAGGUCUACGUCGUUAAUUAUAUAAAAGAACGCCUUGCUCUUACCGCUUCUAUUAGCGCUAUCUUAAUUAACUUUAUUAAUAAAGACCCCGUUACUUAG